UCAUCACUGUGCGCGCUCGUGCACGUGAUGCAGCUCCACAUCCGGGUAUGUAGCGCUGCAUCCACUCCUCCACCCUCUGCAUCCUCAUCCUGCAGACAGACCAGCAGAGCGACAGACAGGUCAGCAGAGCGACAGACAGACAGAUCAGCAGAGCGACAGACAGAUCAGCAGAGCGACAGACAGUCAUGUCGGGGUCUCCCGCCCUCUCCGACCUGUCUCGUCUCUAUCAGACGGAGUUUGUCCGCAGUGCUCGUGCGGUCGGCGUCCUCUGGGCCGUGUGCACGCUCUGCUUCGCCAUCAUCCAGGUGGUCGUCCUCGUGCAGCCGUCCUGGAUCGGCACCGCAGACACCCGCCACCAGGGGGCGGGCCCAGCUCCGCCCAGCGGCACCCUGGGACUGUUUGAGGUUCUGCAGUGCCGCCACCGUCUACAAGAUCUGCGCAUGGCUGCAGCUCACUGCGGGGUUCUGUCUGGCCUUGGCCUGUCUUCUGUUUCCAGACUCUUGGGAGAGUCCGGAGAUGAGAGCUCUGUGUGGAGACUCUGUGUGUCUGUGUCCAGGUGGGCAGCUUCUCUCCGGGUUCCUGUUCGGUCCACUGGGCCUACAUCCUCGCCAUCCUGGGGGUUCUGGACGCCGCCAUCUUGGCCACGCUGGCCUUCGUCCUGGCCAACAGACAGGACGCCCUGCUGCCGCCGGACGCCAAGGAAGUGACCACAGGUCUGCUGAUGUCAGCGUAGAGUCACCAGGAGGAGGAGGAGGAGGAGGAGGAGGAGCCAACAGGUAUCCCCCUCUCACCAUCACCUGGUUUCCUUCCUGUUGUCAUGGUGAAGAACGAAGAGGAGCAGGAAGUGUCACAGACCCCAUGGUCGCGUCUGAUGUCGUCCCACAGUGUUUUCGUUCUGUCUCUGAGUGCUGAGCCGGCCGGGUCGGACCGGGUCGGACCUGGUCGGACCUGGUCGGACCGGGUCGGACCAGAUUUAGCCUCGCAGCACUUUGAACGUCAUGUGACUGUUACUAUGGGAUGGAUGAAUGUUUGAAUGUUGGUUUAACGUUACAGUCAUGUUUGUUCAGUGUUAGCCACAUGGUCACAUGUUCUCUCGUCAGCUUCAGGUCAGACUACACGACGUCACAAUCAGCUGUUCAAGUGUUUUUACCUUCAAGCUCCUCUGACUGACCCGAGGACCCGAGGACCCGUCCUCCAGUUUGUGUGUCGAGGAGUCCAUGAGCAAAAUACUGAAGGCUGAGUGUGUGAGAGUGUGAGAGAGAGAGAGAGAGAGAGAGAGAGAGAGAGAGAGAGAGAGAGUGUGUGUGUGUGUGUGUUGCGCUUUGACUGUUGAAAACAUGCUAAGCUAAGCUAAACACAGACAUGAGGAUCCUCAGUAAAGUCUCAGUUUCCUGUCAGCAUGACCUUUGACCUUUGACCUUUGUAGUAGAUCUUCAGUCUUCCUGUUGUUGUUGAACACUUUUUAGAUUUAUUUUUAUAGAGCAUGAAAAACAGAAAACCACGUUUUACGAACUCGUGGUCACAUGAUGUCACUGCCCAGUCAAAACCACGUAUCUCCAGAUUUAGUGAAUUUUAAUUUUCCAAACGUAAAAUCAAUUUAUGAAUUCUUUAAGAAAGAUACAUUUAAAAAAUGAUCCGAUAAACAUUUUAAAGAUGAAACACAGAUACGUGUUUUCUACAGGACAGUUUCAGACGUGCAAACAUUGUAGUGCCAAAGAAAAAAGUUUCCAUGGUUACAGUAACAUUUAUCAAAACGUGCUCAUGUGAAUUUUUAUGUGCAAUAAAAAAAAAAAUUGUCCCUCACGUGUCUUCAUACUUUUAUCAAUUCUUUUAUAGUAAAACCGUUCAUGGUUGUCUGAACGAAUUAUGAACGUCAGGUGAUGAAACUGAUUUUUACCAAUUUAUGUUUUCAUAAGUGACCUGAACAUGUUACCUGACCACAAAAAGUUUGAAUAAAAGUCAUAAAAAA